AUGGCAUUUGCCACCGCCGUAUAUAUCCGUCUUUUACACGAAGAUGGAAAUGUGUACACACGUUUGUUAACCGCCAAAAGCAAAACAACACCAUCGAAGCCAAUGUGCACAAUUCCUAGAGUGGAAUUGUGCGGAGCAGAAUUAGCUACGCGAAUUGCAUCAUGGGCGAAGAGAAAUCUUCAUGUUCAUACAAAGAACGCACCAAUGUACUUCUGGAGCGAUGCCAUGAUUGUGUUACAUUGGAUAGGUGGUGACACAUCGCGUUGGAAGACCUUUGGGGCGAAUCGUNAUACAAACAACGUUCCAAUGUACUUCUGGAGCGAUGCCAUGAUUGUGUUACAUUGGAUAGGUGGUGACACAUCGCGUUGGAAGACCUUUGUGGCGAAUCGUGUGAGUAAGAUUUUAUCAAAAUCGUCGAAAGAGAGAUGGAAUCACGUCGACACAAAGCAGAAUCCGGCUGAUUGCGCCACUCGUGGCUUAUCACCGAAAGAGCUAUCAUCGUUCGAUUUGUGGUGGAAUGGCCCAAUUUGGCUACGUCAAAACAGCUGCAACUGGCCGAAACUCAACAAGAAUACGCACACAUUUACCGACGAUGAACUCGAAGCGAAAUCAAAUAAUGUUGUUGUAAACGUCGUUAUCAAAAGCGAUUCAAUCAUUUACCUCUAUUCAUCAUUAACCAAAUUGAUUCGCAUCAACGUCUGGAUUCAGCGCUACCGCUACAACGCUCGCAAGGAAAACAAAUCGCAACGCCGAAAGGGCCCUCUUCUAGUUUUCGAAUUACGCGAAAGUUUGUUAAAAUUAGUCAAACUUGUGCAAGCUGAAGCCUUUGCAGCCGAAAUGUCUUGUAUUAAUUCAAAGGAGCAACUGCCAAAGGGCUCUAGAAUACGAG